CGGCACAAAAUUUGGUUUGACAGAGAGAGAUGGAAAGGGCAGAUGAAACAGGAGAAAGAAGGAGUAUCGGGGAAUUAAGAUCAUCGGCGGCAGUGGCAGAAGCAGAAGAAGCAGGGCUAAUCAGACGACGGAGAACAAGCAAUCAGGCACCAGUAGAAGUAUGGCCAACAAUCGAUGGACCUUUAGGAUUAACUGAAGAAGAGUCGUUGAGUUAUGCUCGUAAUUUCUUCAAAUUUGGAUUUCUUUUGCUUCCAUGGCUUUGGGCUGUUAAUUGCUUCUAUUUCUGGCCUGCUCUCACUACUUCAUCCUUCCCUCGUCUUCGCCAGUAUGUAUUCAGAUCAGCAGUUGGAUUUUCAAUAUUCACUGUGCUGCUUUCUUCCUGGGCUCUCACAUUUGCGAUUGGAGGAGAGCGUCUAUUAGGCCCUGUGUGGGAAAGUCUUGUCAUGUACAAUGUUGCUGAGAAAUAUGGUCUCACGUCUUGGAGCUAGUCAAUCACUUACAGCUUCCCAGUAACGAUUCCGUCUUGCAUGCUGAAACAUCACUUUUCUGUGUAUAGUAGUAGGUUUCUUUGAGAAAGGCAGUGACUUCCGUUUUUCUAUUACCAGUAUAUGUCCGGGUGUCUAUCUUUAGUCUGUUAUUUUGGGUGUAGUAGGUGUUUAACCGAUAUGUGCAACUCUACCUCUAUAUAUAUAGAGUUGUCUUGAUUCUUAAUGAUAUAAGCUCCGAUAUGUGCAACUCUACCUCUAUAUAUAUAUAUAGAGUGUCUUGAUUCUUAAUGAUAUAAGCUUGGAUAUAUUAACUCUUAA